AAAUUGCAAAUUACUCCGGGAAAAAUGCACAAAAAUUGCUCAAAAAUGUGUUAAAAAUAAAAUUGAACAUUUAAUGCAUGCGAGGAAAGUGAAAUUUGUCACGGGAAUGCAUUAGUUGGGACAUGAGAGCAAAAUAAAAAUUCGCACCACAUUUGUACGUAGCACAAAAUCAAAUAUGGAGACGCAAACGCAAUAAAAAUCAAUUUUACCGAAGAAAACUGUGAGCAAAGACAUUUUGCAACGCACGCCACAAUACUCAAGAACACAAUUAACCAACUUAUGAAGGAAUUUAAGACUGAAAACCGCGAAUAAAGAGGAGAAAAUGGAAACAAGUGUCGUCGCAGCUGUACGCGUACAGAGAAACGACAACAAUAACGAGGUAUCAGCUGUGCAUACGGUACAAUAUCCCACAACUGAUAACUAUGCCGAGACAAACAACAUGAUUUUAGCCGGUGUGCAAGUUGCGGGAAAGACUUUUCCCUGCAGUUUUGCCUUCCCCGAGGAGUCUGACCAGGAAGAUGUCUAUUGUCGGAUGCUGGCUGCUUACAUGCCGUCCUUUCUGGAAGGGUUCGAUGUCUCGAUUGUGAGUUACGGACAGAAAAACACCGGAAAAUCUUAUACUAUUUACGGUCCUGGGCUGGAUUGUUUGUAUAACGAAGCCGAUUAUGGGUUAUGUCAACGAUUUAUCCGAGAAUUAUUUCAUCAUUUGAUGAAAAGGAGCGAAAGGACGUACCAAAUUAGUAUCAGUUGGACCGAAAUUACGGAAGAAGACGAACAAGUAAUAGAUUUGCUCAAUAAUUUGGGUCUCGUUCAAUGUAAAUCCGUUAAAGAAUGCUUCGAUUGGAUCCAAUUGGGGAUGGCGACGCGAAACGGAGACAAUCACAAUAUUUUUACGUUGAUUCUGGAACAACAAUGGAUCACAGCCGACGGAGUGAACCAACAUAAAUUAUCAACUUUGAGUUUUUGUGAUUUAUCUGCGUCAGAUCGGAGAUUUGUGCCAAACGAGCUGAAUCAAAACAUUAGUGUACCUCGGAAUUUUAGUCUACAAGCAUUGGAACAGUUCAUUUUAUCGUUAACGGAUCCCACAUUCGUUACGGAUAACAUUUACAAUCAAUCCGCGUUGCCGGCAUUGCUGAAAGACUCCUUUGGAGGACGUGCUCAAACCGUUUUCCUCCUUUGUGUGUCGCCCACCGAAGAAGAUAUCGUCGAAACGACGUUCAAUCUCGAAUUUAUGACAAAAGUCCAGAUGGUUCUGAAUUUUGUGUACAUGAACGCGUAUACGGACAACAAUGUGCCAAUUGAUAAUUUGUACCAGCCGAGUUUGAGUGAAAAUGAUUUCCGGAAUAACAAUGAAAAUGUCACCGAAAGUCAACAAUUUGCCAUGAAUCAGUGGAUGAAGUUGCUGCAAAAUGCCGAGGGACUUUUUAAUCGAAUUAUUCACACGAGCAACGUUGAAGGCCUGAAACCUGAAGAAAUGCAGCAAAUUGAAGAGUGGUUGUAUUUGAAAGCGGAAUGUGAUGAGUGCAUUAAUGUGAACGAAAUGGAAGAUGUACCGCAAGAAACGCGAAGUUUGGGUCCCAUUGAGGAAAUUGACGAAUGUGAGGAAGAAAAUGUCGGCGGAAAUACAAGUGAAAUCGACAGCGAUAGUGAGGUGUGUCAAAAAAUGGGAGAUAUUGACGAUGUGAUUGAAAAAUUGAUUGUCAAGUUCCAAAGUGAGACAGAUAAUUUGGUCGAAGAAGGCUAUCGUGACUAUUUAAAAUCACAUCCGCAGUCAACGUUGGAUAGUUGUGAUAGUUUUAAAGCCGAUAAACAAAUUAUCGUCGAGCCUAAUUACAGUCGACAACGACGUCGCAGUUUGCAACCAGGAUCUGAAAUCAGCAACAGUCAUCUUGCCAUGUUGAAUUCCUUAACUAAAUCCUCCAGCGACGAACGUCCCAAACACAAAUCAAAAUCGCAUGCCUCUGUCGAGAACAAUUUAAAAAAUUGCCAAACGAACAUUGAAGCGCUCAAAAACCAAAUAUCCGAAGUCGAACAAACAAUCAAGCUCAAAGAAAAAUUAAUUUCUGAACUUACAAAGAACAAAGACACCCGAACAACCGCCAAAAAUCGUUUCAACAAGAAAAAAGCAAAACUCGAGGCAGAAUACGAAAAAGCAAAGAAACAACUCGCUCGUGCCGUUACAAGUUCAAAGCACAAAUCGGAAAUCGACAGAUUGAAACUCGAAACGACCCAAUUAGAGAUUAAACUGCGUGACAUGACUUCAAUGCAAUCGAUUGCCAGCGAGUCGACUCAAAAAAUCAAAAAAGUAAAACAAUCGUUGCACGAAUCAAAAGUCGAUUAUGAAAGAUUGCAGAAAAAUUUGAAGGCUGAAAAGAAAAUGCAUGACACGUUGGAGAAGGAAUUAGAAAAUAAACAUGGAAAAGACACAAAAUCGGGAUAUAUGACAGUUUCUGAUGGCAAAAAUAAAAUCCGAAACAUCAACGAUCGCAUACAAAAUUUGGAUCUCAUCCUAAAAGCAAAGAACGAAAACUUAAAACAAGUCGAUUCGGACCAAGCUGAUUCAUUACGUCAUGAAAUAGGAAAUUUACGAAAGACAAAAGAGCAUUUGAUGAAGCAAAGAUGUCUUUUGGAUGAAAAAUUGAAAAGACAAAAGUCUCUUUCGUAUGAUGAGGAACGCAAGAGAUUGGAAUGCGGUGAAGCAAUUGAAGCCAUCGAUGUAGCAAUUGAACUUAAAAAUGAAUCGAUUUGUGGCAGGAAAAGUGUCGACAUUGACGAGAGCAUUCAACGUGAAAAAGGUGAACAAUUGUUGAUUUCACGUUUAAAUCGCUUGUCAAACGACGAAAUGCGGACUUUGCUCUACAAAUAUUUCCAAAAAGUGAUCGAUUUGAAGGAAUCCAGUCGAAAUUUGGAAAUACAAUUGAUCGAGCUCGAAAGACAACGCGAACAAUGGAUUUGGCAAGAGAAACAACUCAAACACACAAUCCGUCAAGCACGCUUCGAAGGCGAAAAGAACAUAAUUUUACUCCAAAGACAGCACGAAACAAAGUUAAAUCUCAUGCUGAAACAUUUCGCGAACGAAUCGUGUGCCAGUUCCAGUUACAGCACCAUCAACAACGACGUCGUCCCGAUGCCGCAACACGGUGAACUCGAUUUAUACGAUCCGCGUCGACAAUAUGUCGAUGAUUCCAUGGAAAUGUUCAAACAUCCCGCCAUCAAGCAUCACAAACCCGAGGCAAUUGCGCAUUUCUCGUCCUCCAAAUACAAGCCGCUGGAAAAGAUGAAGGAAAAGGAACGAGAAAGCAAGAACAAAUUUCUGGCCAAAUUCCAAGUUCUUACGCGUUACCAAAGCAGCAGCGAAAAGAAAAAGUUGGCAUCGCAACAAGGCAUGAUAUCCUCCGUCAUACCGCAGCAGAAUCUCAAGCAGCUAAACAACACAUGCAACACAUUGCCAAAUUCCACAAAAGUAACGCGACAAAAGAACAAACUCAUUAUCCAGCAACAAGACAACUCUUAAUGACUAGAAUCUUAAGUAUUAUUUACCGAGCAGCAAUUUAAAUGAACAAUCACACGUUAUUUUAGACAUUUAGUAGAAGAUAGAUUUCGUGCAGUAAGUAGUGAGUAGUGCGAGGGCAAAUAUCUCAAACAAAAAUACUCGCAAUUUAAAGAGACUUAAUUAUGUGUAAUUUUAGUGUCAAAUGCUUCCAACAAUGUUGAAAUCACAUUUUAGUGCCAAAUUCUUUGUCUGUCCCUUUAAAUUAAUUUUAUUGAAUUUUUUUAAAUGUUAACUGAAUUAGGAUUUACUUACUAUGUAAGAGACGCCCUUUUAUCAUUUUUCUAACUGACUGUUUUUAAAACAAAUAAAAUUCUGAUGAA